UCUCCUCCUCCGCUUACAGAAGGGAUCCUCGCCAGUUGCUCCAGUUCAUCUUGUCAAUGAAGAGUCAACUGACAAGACUAAUUUGGGCUUUAUUCAUGCAUUCGUGGCUGCUAUAUCGGUCAUCAUUGUAUCAGAACUUGGAGAUAAGACCUUCUUCAUUGCAGCCAUCAUGGCAAUGCGGUACAACCGUUUGACUGUACUGGCUGGUGCUAUGCUUGCCUUAGGACUGAUGACGUGCUUAUCAGUUUUGUUUGGCUAUGCCACAACAGUUAUUCCUCGUGUGUAUACGUACUAUGUGUCAACUGCACUGUUUGCCAUUUUUGGCAUCAGAAUGCUUCGAGAAGGCUUGAAAAUGAGUCCAGAUGAGGGCCAGGAAGAGCUGGAGGAAGUUCAGGCAGAAAUUAAGAAAAAAGAUGAGGAACUUCAGAGGACUAAAUUGUUAAAUGGGCCAGGGGAUGUGGAAACGGGAUCAACUGCCACUAUACCUCAGAAGAAAUGGCUCCAUUUUAUUUCUCCCAUCUUUGUACAAGCGUUUACUCUAACGUUUCUAGCAGAGUGGGGUGAUCGUUCCCAGUUAACAACCAUCGUCUUGGCAGCCAGAGAGGAUCCUUACGGUGUGGCAGUAGGAGGAACGGUGGGACAUUGUCUAUGCACUGGUUUAGCAGUUAUUGGAGGCAGAAUGAUAGCACAAAAAAUUUCUGUUAGGACUGUGACAAUCAUAGGAGGCAUCGUCUUCUUAGCUUUUGCAUUUUCCGCACUAUUUAUAAGUCCAGACUCUGGUUUUUAAAUAUUUUUCAUCACUGCGAAAGGACGAGGACUGGAAGCAUCUCGCAGCUAUUCCUUGUCUGGUUUUGUAUAUAAAUGUACAGAAUUAGAGUUAAAAAAGCACCCAAGAUGAGACACUGAAUUUUUUAUAGCAAGUGAUUGGUGGGAUUGACACGUUUAUGGACGGCUUCUGCGGUGGAGACCUGUUUGCUGUCUGGUUUGUAUGUUCCGUGGUGCCUGCUCCCUUGGUAGGAUUUGUGUGGUUUUCUUGUUUGCUGAACCUGGCUCAGCUGAGUUUUGAGAAUCUACAUCCAUAAAUGUUGGAGCUUUCUCUUCUUUUUUUUUAAUCCCCUGUUACACAUGGCUCCCCUUCCUGUUGCUUCUAGAGCUUCCUCUUAUGCCUCCUCGGAAGCAGACUGGAGUGUUUUGUUUCAUAUUGCUGAACAAAGUGUUAAAGACAUAAAGGUUGACUCCUUUGGUUGACCUCCAAAGACUUUGGUUCCAGGACGUGCCUGAGGCUGCCUAAUGUAAGCUACAAAAAGCAGGGGUGAAUGGAGUGGACAGUUCCUAUAGCAUUUAAUGGCUGAGCCACCAACAGAAAACACUAUAAAUUUCAUUUAGAGGGUAAACGUCUUCUUAAUCAGGGAUUUUUAUCAGGAAAUUGUGUGCUGAUUACCAGCCUGCCGUGUUCGAUGUGCAAUCUGGAGCUUGUAGCAUUGGACUUUUUUUUUUUCUCCUAUUUUUUUCUUUUCCUUCUUUCUAAACGUUAUAAAGUGCGUGGAAAGUAAUAAAGUGGUCCAACUUAACGGCGUGUCAUUCCCAGGACUGAACAAUAAUGGAAUCUUUAGAUUUAGAUACGCUCAUAUUUUUCUUGUUAGGAAUAGAAAUGUAAUCUGGAGGAGUAUUAAUAAAGCAUAGUGUCUCAAUUGGA